CCCCGCAUUUACCGCGGUCACGUUUCCAGGUUGUUGUUCGUACGCAUGGGUAGUGUGCGUUAAACAUAUUUUCUAUUUAUUGCGAUUAUUUAUUAAUUUAUUAAUAACCAUGAUAGUGUUAACGAACGAGGGCAAUCCAAAUGCGUUAAAAUUAAUUAUCGCAGCUAAAUUGGUCCAGCAAAAUAUAACCGUGAAGAGAGCACUUUCUAAUGAAACACCUUUAGGUAGGCUUCCUGUUCUUGAAUUGCCAACUGGAUCAAAAAUAUUUAGUAUAAGUGCAGGAAUGCAGCUUUUAGCGGCUCCCUCAGAAGAAUAUGAAAUAAUAAUUAAUAAGUGGCUAGAAUGGGACGUUUCUCAGUUACAGCCUGCAAUAAUAUAUUAUGGAACUACAGGAAUAUAUAAAACAGAUUCCACAUCUUGCUUAUGGUCUCUAUUAAGUGAAGUAAAUAAUGCAUUAAAAGAAAAAAUGUACUUAAUUAAGGAUAAAAAUGAUAUAUCGUUAGCAGACGUUUCUAUCUGGGUAUCCAUAUGGUCUACAAUAAUAGUUACCAAUAUUGGGAACGAAAUACUUAAAGAAUAUAUAUAUCUUAGUGAUUGGUUGAAAAAUAUAGAAUUACUGCCAAUUAUUCAGGACUCUUUGAAAGUAUUUUCAUUGGAAAGAGGAUUAAAAGCAAUUACCAGUAUUCAAGCAGGAUCUUGGUUUCCAGUUAACUCAACAAAAUCCUGCAAAUCAACAACUAAUGAACUUAAUUUAGUUAAAGAUAAAGAAGUUGAAGUAGUUAGCCAAGAAGAAAUGGAUAAAGCAAUGAUUAAUUGGAAUUCAUGUAAUUGUCCAAAUGUGAAAGAGCCAUCGUAUCCUGUUCUACCAAAAAAAGGAGAAAGGAACAUCUUAAUUACAUCGGCGCUCCCUUAUGUAAAUAAUGUACCUCACUUAGGCAAUAUUGUUGGUUGUGUUCUUUCUGCUGAUAUAUUUGCUAGGUAUUGUCGACAAAGAAAUUACAAUACAUUAUAUAUUAGUGGUACUGACGAAUAUGGCACUGCUACCGAGGCUAAAGCAUUAGAAGAAAAAACAACACCUCAAGAAAUAUGUGACAAGUUCUUUAGUAUCCAUAAUGAUAUAUAUCGCUGGUUUGGUAUUGGAUUUGAUUAUUUUGGACGUACAACGACAGCUGAACAAACAGAAAUCGUUCAGUCCUUUUUCUUAAAAAUAAAAUCGCAAGGAUAUGUAUUGACAGACACGGUCGAUCAACUUCUUUGUGAAUUCUGUGAUCGAUUUUUAGCUGACAGAUUUGUGGAAGGAAUUUGUCCUAGAUGUAAAUAUGAAGAUGCUCGUGGUGAUCAAUGCGAUGGUUGUGGUCAUUUAGUAAAUGCAACUGAGUUGAUAAAUCCUCGAUGUAAGAUGUGUAGCAAUAGACCUAUCAUUAAGAAAUCAGAACAGUUCUUUUUAGAUUUGCCUAAAUUGGAAGAAAGACUAAAGGUAUGGUCUGCAAAAGUAGAAAAAGGAUGGUCAGCUGUAGCUCGAGGAGUCACAAAACCGUGGUUACGUGAUGGUCUUAAGCCACGUUGUAUAACUCGAGAUUUAAAAUGGGGUAUACCUGUCCCGGUGGAGGGAUUUGAAAACAAAGUUUUUUACGUUUGGUUUGAUGCUCCUUUCGGCUAUAUCAGUAUUACAAAAAGAUAUACCAAAGAGUAUGAACAAUGGUGGAAACCUAAUGGCGCCGAAGUUAGUUUGUGUCAAUUUAUGGCGAAAGAUAAUGUACCAUUCCAUACUAUAAUGUUCCCUGCCUAUUUAUUAGCAACUAAUGAAGACUAUACAUUAUUGAAACAUUUGAUGGCUAUUGAAUACCUGAAUUACGAGGAUACUAAAUUCUCGAAGUCCAGAGGUAUUGGAGUGUUUGGAACUGAUGCUAGAGAAACAGGCAUUCCGGCUGACGUGUGGAGAUUUUAUCUCGCUUACAUUAGACCAGAAAAUCAGGAUUCGAAUUUCAAUUGGGCGGAUUUAGCAACAAAAAAUAAUAACGAAUUAUUAAAUAAUCUUGGAAACUUUAUUAAUAGGGCUCUUGUAUUUACGGAAAAAUUCUUUGAGUCUAAAGUACCACCGAUGGAACCCCAAGAAGAUGAUUUGACAUUAUUGGCAUUGGCUCAACGUGAAUUGACAUCCUACUUAAAUGCACUUGAACAAGCUAAAUUAAGAGAUGGUAUAAAAUACGUGUUAGCGAUUUCGAAACAUGGCAAUCAAUAUAUGCAAUCGCAACAACCGUGGGUUAAAGUAAAGGGUACAGAUGACGAUAAGAAGAAAGCUGGGACAAUAAUUGGGAUUUGUUGUAAUUUAACAUGUCUUUUAUCAGCUCUAUUAGCACCUUAUAUGCCUAAUACUUCUCGUGAAAUAAGAGGGCAAUUAGGGUUGGACAAAACGCGUUAUGGAUAUAUUCCAGAUAUUAUUAUGAACAUGUUACCUUCUGGACAUAAAAUUGGUAAAGUAUCCCCGCUUUUUACAAAAAUAGAAGAUCAAUUGAUUGAAGAAUUAAGGAAAAAAUAUGCCGGGAAACAAGAAACUAAUGGUGCUCAAUCGAAAACGAAUAAUGUCACUGAAAGUGUAGAAUCUUCAAAAGCUACUACAGCCCAACGGGGUCAACUAGUCAAAAAGUUAAUAUAUAAUCAUGAUGAAAGUGUUCGGCAGUCUCAUGUAGACAUUCUUGAUAAACUGCAAAAUAAACUAGCUGAUCUCAAACAAGAUGCAGAUAAAUGUGAUAAUGCUCAAUCUGCCAAAAGUAAGAAAGCCGAACCAUUACAUACUCCCGAGCAAAAUGGAGAUACUGGUACAGAUAUAACUUCUUUAGAAGCAGCUAUUACAAAACAAGGCAAUCUAGUGCGCGAAUUAAAAGCGAAAGAAGAAAAGAGCGUAUGGCAACCACAGGUAGAAAUUUUAUUAAAAUUAAAAAAUCAAUUAGCCAGUCUGACUGGUGCAAAAAUUCCAGAUAAAAAAUCAAAGAAAAAAAAGUAAUUAAAAUCGCAAUAUAAAAUGUCUUCAUUUAUAAUAAUCGAUAAAACUUGACUUGAAUUUUCUCUUAUCAUGUGAGCAUAA